AAGUUCAAGCUGCUGCUUUUUAACGACACGAUGAACAAGCGCGAGUACGUGGCGCGUAUCCUGCAGCAGUCGGUGCCUGGCCUGACGGCCGCAGACGCGUACUUGAUCAUGCAAAAAGCCCACAAGAGCGGGAUGGCGGUGGUGGGAGUCUUUGAGCUGGCCGAGGCGUACUGUGACCUCCUCAAAGCGGGCGGCCUCAUCGCCUCUGUCACCGAGGAUGAGUGA